CCCGGAAGAGGCUCAGCACAGGAGGAGGAAGGACAGCACAGCUGACAGCCGUGCUCAGAAAGUUUCUGGAUCCCAGGCUCAUCUCCACAGAGGAGAACACACAGGCAGUAGAGACCAUGGGGCCCAUUUCAGCCCCUCCCUGCAGAGGGUGCAUCCCCUGGCAGGGGCUGCUGCUCACAGCCUCACUUUUCACCUUCUGGAACCCACCCACCACUGCCCAGCUCACUAUUGAAGCUGUGCCAUCCAAUGCUGCAGAGGGAAAGGAGGUUCUUCUGCUUGUCCACAAUCUGCCCCAGGACACUCUUGGCUACAACUGGUACAAAGGGGAAAUGGUGGACGCCAAUCAUCGAAUUAUAGGAUAUGUAAUAGCAACUCAAGUAAAUACCUCAGGGCCUGCAGACAGCGGUCGAGAGACAAUAUACCCCAAUGCAACCCUGCUGAUGCAGAACGUCACCAGAAAUGACACAGGAUCCUACACCCUACAAGUCAUAACGCUAAAUCUUGUGAAUGAAGAAGUAACUGGCCAAUUCAGCGUACAUCCGGAGACUCCCAAGCCCUCCAUCUCCAGCAACAACUCCAAUCCCGUGGAAGACAGGGAUGCUGUGGCCUUAACCUGUGAACCUGAGACUCAGAACACAACCUACCUGUGGUGGGUAAAUGGUCAGAGCCUCCCGGUCAGUCCCAGGCUGCAGCUCUCCAAUGGCAACAGGACCCUCACUCUACUCAGUGUCACAAGGAAUGACGCAGGACCCUAUGAGUGUGAAAUACAGAACCCAGUGAGUGUGAACUUCAGUGAUCCAGUCACCCUGAAUGUGCUCUAUGGCCCAGAUGCCCCCAACAUUUCCCCUUCAGACACCUAUUACCUUCCAGGGGUAAAUCUCAACCUCUCCUGCCAUGCGGCCUCUAAUCCACCGGCACAGUAUUCUUGGUCUGUCAAUGGCACAUUCCAGCAACACACACAAAAGCUCUUUAUCCCCAACAUCACUGCAAAGAACAGCGGAUCCUAUGCCUGCCACGCCACUAACUCAGCCACUUGCCGCAACAGGACCACAGUCAGGAUGAUCACAGUCUCUGAUGCUUCAAUGCAAGGAAGUUCUCCUGGCCUCUCAGCUAGGGCCACUGUCAGCAUCAUGACUGCAAUACUUGCCAGGGUGGCUCUGACACAGUAGCCCUGGUGUAGUUUCUGCAUUUCAGGAAGACUGGCAGACAGUUGUUUUUAUUCUUCCUCAAAGCAUUUGCAAUCAGCUACCAUUCAAAAUUGCUUCUUCUUCAAGAUUUAUGGAAAAGACUCUGACAAGCACUCUCGAACACAAGUUUCUGGUAACUUGAAGAUCAUACCACUGAACUGUCUAAGAACUUGCAAACAGGCUGAUACCUUCAUGAAAUUGCUCACCAAAACACAGAAUGAAAAAAACAUCAAUUUCAUUGAACUAAAUAAUAAUGAGGAUAAUGUUUUUAAGUUUUGGUUUGUUUGUUUGUUUGUUGAGAUGGAGUCUGGCUCUGUCACCCAGGCUGGAGUGCAGUGGCGUGGUCUCGGCUCACUGCAAGCUCCGCCUCCUGGGUUCACACCAUUCUCCUGCCUCAGUCUCCCGAGUAGCUGGGACUACAGGCGCCCACCACCACGCCCGGCUAGUUUUUUGUAUUUUUGGUAAAGACGGGGUUUCACCGUGGUCUCGAUCUGACCUCAUGAUCCGCCUGCCUCAGCCUCCCAAAGUGCUGGGAUACUGUGUCUGGCCCAUUUUUAAGAUUUUUUAUUUGAAAAUUUGCCAAUUCUUUAAGUGUUUUCUUUCUCAGAUUUAUGAAUUUCUUCAUCUUUUAAGCUAUCUAUAGCUUACUGCAAUUUGGUAAAGUAGACUUUUGUGAACAAAAAUUAUAACACUUACUUUUGCUCCCUACCUGCCACAGAACUAGGCAACUAUUCAUGAGUAUUCAUAUGUUUAUUGUAAUUCAGUUAUUUGCACAAGUUCAGUGAGAAUCUGCUAUCUUUAUAAUGGGACAUAUUUUAAAGCAUUCGUUAUAUUACCAAGGCUUUGAUUGGGAUGUUAUAUUUGAGAAUAUACAUAGAAUGAUAGAUUAACUGAGUGUCUAAUCUAUCGUGUCAACCCCAAAUUUUUACGUAUGAGAUCCUUUAGUCCACCCAAUGGCUGAUGUUAGCAGCAUCUUUAACACAACUGUUUGUUCAAAUGUACUAUGGUCCCUUUUAGAGUCAGACUCCUAGACUUACUUGUUCUCACUGCCUGUUUUAAUUUAACCCAGACAUGCAACACUAGAUAAUAAAAUUGCUCCCUAUUGGCUGAUCAGAGAGGAGUCUGUAUAGUUUAUGACGCUUCUUGUUGCACAUGGACAAAUAUAUCAGGUGUUAUAGAGUCUCAGUUACAAAAACUAACAAACAUGCUACUUGGUUAAAAUGGCUACACUCAUCUGGUUCAUUCUUUGAUCUAUUCUAUUUUAGUUGGUUUGCAUCUUGCCAAAGGUGCAUACUCCAAACUCUUAACAUUAUCUUCCUCACAGUCAUACUAGCGGUCUCCCUGGUGUGCUGUAAUCUCUAAAAGUUUUAAAUGUUUGCGUGCUGCCAUCCAUCAAGUAUCAAGCGGUCUCUAUUUGGCUGGAAUUACAUAAACUCAAAGAAAUGUGUGAUUAGGAGGGUAUCAUAACCUAUAAAUGAUGGAAGCCAAAAAUGAUGAUAACUGAGGGUAAUGCUAAUGCUUUAAGUUUUGGUCACACUCUCACUUCAGUGAAAGUCUAAAGACUCCAAAUUAGACCCACUCACGCUAAAUGCUACAUACUCCAACUGGAAUUUUAAGAAAGCAGAUCUCAAAACAGACUAGUGUUUUCUGAAAACAGAAGAUUCCAGUCUCCCUGAGUCAACAUCAUAAGGAAGUCCCGUCUGCUUUAACAUUUACUCCAAAAAAAAGUAACCUGAAGUACCCUGAUGUUAACCGAUCCAUUUAUUUCUAUGGCUCUGUUUACUGGUUCCAAUUUGACAAAACCCAUUGUUCUGUUAUUGUAUUGCCCAGGGGGAGCUAUCAUUGUGUUCAUAGAGUGGGAGCUGCCCCAAAUCCUGAAUCACAAAUAAAAGCCAAUUAGAUCUAUAACUA